UGUUUAAGUUUAAGAUUAGGCUUGAAAGGAAGCAGAGGGUUAUUGGUAGAGCAUAAAAAUCCACAUCAAGUCAGAGUAUUAGAAAUAUGUAGAAGCACGUCACGUCGGAAUCAUAGACAUUUGUGUGAAAUUUCUUUCAGUCUCACUAUAGCACAUGAAGACAGAAUAACUAACAUGAAACGAAGCCAAAAGAGCAUAACAUCAUUAUUUAAAAAGCCCAGAGAGGAAGACAUUUCAUCUAAAGUUAAAGAAGGAGGCAGCAUGUGAGCUAUAAGGAGCACUGUCACAAGCAGACAAUAUGCCUUCAUGCAAAAGAAGAUACUGGUGAGGUGGCAGCAGGGGAGGAUAAGGAAGCAAAAAAUCGGUCCAGGAAGUUACAAAUGUUAGUUGAAGAGGAGAAAGAAAAGGGAGAAAUAAGCUGCUUACUGCUCAGUUGAUAAAAAGAGUCCAGCUAAAGCGCUCCGCCAUUCUGAAGAUGGCCCUCGGCGGUGGCGGCGGCUCGUCGGAGUCCUUGCUCCCGCCGGAAGAGCCCGUUGGCAUGGAGGGGGACGGGGAGGGCGCCCGGGAGCCUCCGUUCCUCCUGCGGGCGCUGCGGAUCGCCACAGUGGUGACCCUGUACUGGUUCACCUCCAUUACCAUGGUCUUCCUGAACAAGUACCUGCUGGGCAGCCCCUCGCUGGGCCUGGACGCGCCGCUCUUCGUCACUUUCUUCCAGUGCCUGGUGACGGUGCUGCUGUGCAAGGCGCUGAGCCUGCUGGCCGGCCUCUGCCCGCGCGGCUGCCUCGACUUCCCCUCCAUCCGCCUGGACCUCAAGGUCUCCCGCAGCGUCCUGCCCCUCUCCGUGGUCUUCAUCGGCAUGAUCACCUUCAACAACCUCUGCCUCAAGUACGUCGGCGUAGCCUUCUACAACGUGGGCCGCUCCCUCACCACCGUCUUCAACGUCAUGCUCUCCUACCUGCUCCUCAAGCAGACCACCUCCCUCCCGGCCCUCCUGGCCUGCGGGGCCAUCAUCGGUGGCUUCUGGCUUGGAAUAGAUCAGGAAGGCGCAGAAGGGACUCUAUCCUGGUCCGGCAUAAUUUUUGGAAUCCUAGCCAGUCUCUGUGUCUCACUCAAUGCUAUCUACACUAAGAAGGUCCUGCCUGCUGUGGAUGGCAGCAUCUGGCGUCUGACCUUCUACAACAACCUCAAUGCCUGUGUCUUGUUCUUGCCACUCAUAUUGCUCUCAAACGACUAUUAUACUAUCUACCACUUUGAGAAAUUGGGGAGCUCCAGCUUCUGGGGCAUGAUGACCCUUAGUGGAGUGUUUGGUUUUGCCAUUGGCUAUGUGACAGGACUCCAAAUCAAAUUUACUAGCCCUCUCACACACAAUGUAUCUGGGACAGCGAAAGCAUGUGCCCAAACAGUGCUAGCCGUUUGCUAUUAUGAAGAAACAAAGAGCUUCUUGUGGUGGACUAGUAAUAUGAUGGUUCUAGGUGGUUCCUUUGCAUAUACGUGGGUGAAAGGAGUGGAGAUGAAGAAGGUGCAGGCAGAAACUCCUCCCAAAGCAAAUGAAAAAAAUGAUGCUGGUGUCUAAUAGCCCACUGUGUGCAUAUACUUCCAUGCAUCCUGUGUCAUGGGAGUUAGCUAGAAAGCAAGCCAGAGCCUCAAGUCUUCAAGACAGGAAAAUCCUGUGAUGACAAAAGUGCUGGAAGAGAUAAAAGUUAGAAAACAAAGUGAAGUCCCAUGAGUAUUCAUUGGAUGACAAAUGUUGAACGCUCAUAAGUCGUUUCCUGUGAAGAGGUGCAUGGUGGUGGUGGUGGGGUAGGUGAGUUCAUAGAUAGGACACUAUUUAUUAAUCAAGGUUCACCUGAAAAUGGCUGCUUCUUGGGUGAUUUUGUCUCCCUUUGAUAAAGGAUGGUGUUAAAAAAGAGCAACAAUGAAUAGGAUUUAAACUAGACAAAAUAGGUUGAUCUUGGUUCUGUUUUGCCAGUGGAGAAUGCUCUCUAGUUCUCUCAUAUAUACUCCGAUCAUCAUAUUUUGUCUUCUUUCAAAAUACUUAGCGGUCCACUAUUCUUUACUGAAAGAUAAUCUUUUGUCUCACUGGAGAUAUCUAAACUUAUUAGUUAUCUUUCUCUUGCCCCCAUGGGGCAAACUUGCACUGGUUGCUAGUGGGUCCAUUGCCAUGUGUGUGGCAGGUGUAUGUUACAUUUUAUUGUUGCCUCUUCUGGAUAUGUUUUGCUGGUACCAAACUAGAGUCCAACCCAUCUGAGCUCCUAUUUAGUUCUAAGCAGCUACAGCAGAAUCAGCGGGAAAAGAUAGAGUUGAUAUAAUGUCCUGACUAGCAAUGAUGGAUUGAAAUAACCUAAUGACUCUGAAGUGCAUGUACUUGCUUUAGAGAGGGUUAUGGGACAUUUUUUGGCAAUGCUAUUUGUAGAACAAAUUUAAGGGGCAUAUAAUCCCUCUGGGCUGCUUCAUUAGACCCUGAGUUCAUUGAAAACAGUGAAAAUACAGUAUAUAAAAUAUACUGGGUUAAGUUCCCCCCUUUCAUAUAAUCUGUAGUCCUUUGUGUCAUGGACUCUAAAAAAAAUUAAAAUGGUAGGAUGUCCCUGCCCUUUAGAGCAGUAGAAAUUCAUUUAUAUAUAUACACACACAUACACUUAUCGUGUGAGACUCCAUGGGCUCCAGGAGCCCAAAUUCACUGGAAUGUUUAACUCAAUUUGCCUUGUUGCCUUUUGAUUAUAGCCCUGUCAUGGUCUCAUAUCUCUGAUUUUGUACUGAGAAAUUAAUUUUUCACGGUUGAUUUGUGAUUGUUAAUAAAAGUUUGCUUAAGUA